AUGGCUUCUGAAUCGACAGUCCUCAACGGGAAGGGCCGAGUUGGUGUGUAUGGUACGAUUGAGGAACCGUGGAUGGUCGGUGACCAUAACACUAGGCUUUUCCAUUCAAAUUUACACUGGGCCAGAGAACCAUUCUUGUGGAAGGAUGUUCUCGCGGCCAAGAGCAAACUCUUUGGUCUGUGUGGUUCGGGAUAG